UUCUAAUCUGUCCAGUUCCCUCCUUGUCAGUCUGAAGGUAAUCGAGCAGCAUAAGGACAUUGUUACUGCAUUCUGUAAGCACCUUGUUUUCAACUUGGUUCUAAACUUGGAAUUGGGGAACCAUAUAUAUCAACAUUUUUAACUGGCUUAAUUUCCAUUCCACUAGGAAUUGGUACUUUGGACAUCAUUAUGACGAUCAUCUCGAAUUUUGUAUUCUUGGUAACUGUAGUCUGCUGUGUUCAGGCACUAAAUGAAUACUCACCUUAUUGCACAGAAAGACUUUAUGCCGGAAGUGGAGUUAUCAAAUCACCAGGAUUCCCGGGAAAAUAUGAAAGUGAUAUGAAAUGUUCGUGGUUAAUUCACACGGAUAACAGCAAUCGUAUUACUUUGGACUUUACGUCUUUUGAUGUUGAAGCUGCAAGUGAUUGUUAUUAUGACUAUGUGGAGGUAUUUGAUGGAAGCAGUAACAAUGAUCGAUCUCUGGGUAAGUUCUGCGGUCCAGAAACACCGCGGGAUUUAACAGCCAGCGGAAACAUGCUGUUUGUGGAGUUUAAAACAGAUAGUUCUGUUGAAAAGGGUGGAUUUUCAGCAAAUUUCAGUGAAGGUUGUUCAUGGACCUUCAAUGGACUAGAAGGUGAUUUCCACUCCCCCAAUUACCCUAACAAUUACAUGGACGGCAUCCAAUGUACGUAUAAAUUUAACGCGCCACCUGGAAAGCGAAUCAAGAUCUCUUUCACGGAUUUCAAAUUGGAGGGCAAAAGUCCAAACAGCCGGUGUGCUUAUGACUACCUUGAAAUCCUUGAUGGCGAAAGUAGAGACUCAGAUUCGUUAGGAAGAAAAUGCGGACGUGAACUUCCCCCGGAUAUACUGUCAACGACGAAUAGACUCUUCAUAAAAUUGACGACUGACAAUUCCGUUAACUAUGGAGGAUUUAACGGUCACUUUGAAGCUAUCAACGCCGGACCAUCGCCUUGUGAUACAAAUAAUGGCGGGUGUGAGCACAAUUGUAGACCGUCUGGCGAUAACCAGCCUGACUGUUUCUGUAGGGAUGGUUUUGUUCUUGAUAUAGAUGGAAAAUCAUGUAAUGAUAUUGACGAAUGCCGACAAUCUGAGCCAUGUGAACAGAUAUGUAGGAAUUACGAAGGAACGUACGGGUGUUUUUGUCUACCUGGGUAUGUGAUGAACCAAAACGGGCUAUGUAAAGAUGUUAAUGAAUGCCAAUCAGAUAAUGGCGGAUGUGAAGAAGAUUGCACCAAUAUACGUGGAAGUUUCAAGUGUAGUUGUUCAAGUCCUAACAAAGUCCUACAAGAUGAUAGAUUAAGCUGUGCAGAAGCUGAGCCCUCACCUUGUGACAUAGGCAAUGGGGGAUGUCAGCAAUAUUGUAGGCUGACCGUGGACAACCAAGCUGAGUGCUACUGUAGGGAUGGCUUUAGGCUUCAAAAUGAUCAACAGUCAUGUCAUGAUAUUAAUGAAUGCCAGCAGGGUUUGAAUCCAUGUGGUCAACUCUGCUUCAACACUGAAGGGUCAUUUAUAUGUUCAUGUCAACUUGGAUAUAAAUUAAUGGAAAAUGGGUUGCAGUGUAAAGAUAUUAAUGAAUGUCACAUCAACAAUGGCGGAUGUGAAGAAGAUUGUGUCAACAUCAGAGGAAGUUAUCGGUGUCACUGUUCAACUCAUAACCGAGUCCUCAAUGAGGAUAAGCAAACCUGUCGAGAAACUGUUCAUUUGGGAUUUGAACUGAAAGAAGAUGGCAAAGGUUGCCAAGAUAUUAAUGAAUGUUCACGAAAAUCGUCACCAUUUGAUAUCCAUAGCAACCAGUGUAACCAGCUUUGUAUUAACACACCUGGAAGUUAUUAUUGUGAUUGUGAGAAAGGGUUUGAACUCAGUCCAAAUGCUAGGGUUUGUAAAGAAAUUGAUGAAUGUGCUACUCAGCUACGCUUGACAUGUGAUCAGGAUUGUGUGAACUUCCCUGGUGGUUACCGAUGCCAGUGCUUUGAUGGGUACAGCCAAGAAGAGGAUGGUUGCCAGGAUAUCAAUGAAUGUGAGCCCAAACCUGAAGACUGCCACACAUGCACAAAUCUUCCUGGAAGUUUUACUUGCCAAUGCAAUCCUGGCUUUGUACCUAAUGAAAAUCAGACAAGCUGCUUGGACAUUAACGAAUGUAUGAUAAAUAACGGCGGGUGUCAACACGUUUGUGCAAACUCUCUCGGGGGACACAAUUGUCGGUGCCGAGCAGGGUAUCAAGGGACUGAUCGCACCAAUCGUGUUUGCGUUGACAUCAACGAAUGCCAGAAUUCCGAUGAUGACAAAGGGCCGUGCAACCAUCAUUGUUUAAACAGUCGGGGAUCCUUUGAAUGUAUAUGUGAGGAAGGAUAUUAUCUAAAUGAUGAUGGUGUAACAUGUCUUGACAUUGAUGAAUGUCUGGAUGAUAAUGGAGACUGUUCACAGAAAUGUAUCAAUACGCCAGGGUCAUACUCAUGCCAGUGUUUUCCGGGUUAUGAAGUAACUGAGGACAAAACAGAAUGUAUAGAUAUUAAUGAAUGCGCUACAAACAGGAAUGGCUGCGAUGUGUCCGAGAAUGCAUUUUGUAUAAACACAGAGGGAAACUAUACAUGUGGUUGCCCAUUGGGUUAUGAGAACUUCCAGUGGCUGCAUUGUCAAGAUUUUGAUGAGUGUAGCAAUCCUCGUACACAUAACUGUGAACAAAUCUGCAACAAUACAGUAGGAAGAUUUAGGUGGGAAAGUGCUGUGAGAGGUGGUCAGCACAUUUUUGCAGUUUGGUUCCUUGUGCUCCGAUUUGGAUAUGCUACUUGUAAUGUUGCAAACAUUAUCUGUCUUCCAGAUAUUGAUGAAUGCCAGCAAGACAUCUGCGACCAUAAUGAGCUGUGUUUGAACACCGCCGGUAGCUUCACUUGUUUCUGCCGUAGUGGCUACUUUCUCAUGAGUGAUCGCUUAUCAUGUUCGGAUAUAAACGAGUGUGCUGAUAACAAUGGCGGUUGUGAGCAUAAGUGUAUUAAUGAUAAAGGAGGCCAUAGGUGUGAAUGCUUCACUGGAUUUGAACUUGAGGGGGAUGGUAAAGGUUGUAGAGAUACCAAUGAGUGUUUAAUUGGAGCUGCCUGCUGCAAUCAGAUGGAUAACUGUGUGAAUCUUGAGGGUGGAUACACAUGUAGCUGUAGCCAUGGUUACUACAUCUCAGCUGAUAACUGCACUUGUGUAGAUAUUGAUGAAUGUGACAUGUCAAACACACACUGUGACCACCUGUGCACCAACACACCUGGCAGCUUUCACUGCGCUUGUAAUGAAGGUUAUGUUGUUGAUGAGAAUGAUGCCACCAAGUGUCAGGAUAUUGAUGAAUGUUUGCUGGAAAGUACUGAUUGUCAACAUGAAUGUAUUAAUUUUGGUGGUGGCUUUAACUGCAGUUGUCGUGACAACUUUAAACUCAUGGGUGAUGGUCAAACAUGUCAACCCUGCCCAACAUGUGACGACUUUGAGAAUUUGAAGAACACAUUGGAAGAUAUGGGAAACUUUAUAAAAAGUUUAGAAAAAGUUGUACUUGAGCAAAAGAAGAAGAGUAGACGACUAGAAGAGAGGAUUAAAGAACUUGAAGAUUGGAAGAGCGAAAUAACAGAAAACAACGACCCCUCCGUUGACCUGCCUGAGGUCAUUGACCGACCUAAUAUACAAAGAUCAAUAAAAGCUAGGAAAAGUGUGUCUUAGUAAUGAAUAUGCAAUUAUGCAAAUGAUGCAAUUAUGUAAAUAGUAUUUACAUACUGUCAGAAUACAGUGUGUUAAGUAGAUGUAAAUUUGUUAAUACUAAUUGAUAUAUAGAUUUACAUUCAUGGUGACAAGUAAUAUAAAGUAAUGUGUAUAGUGUAAUAGUACUGUCAGAGAAAUUUAACUGUUCCCUGGUACUGUGUAUAGUAUUGUAGUAUGGUGUAUAGUGUUAUAGUACUAUGUAUAGUGUUAUAGUACUGUGUAUAGUAUUGUAAUACAUUGUAUAGUGUUAUAGUACUAUGUAUAGUGUUAUAGUACUGUGUAUAGUGUUGACCAAGCAGUACAGGGCUAGUAAUAUGCUAGUAUUCGCGUGUUUAUUUCCGUUUACACUAUUGUUAUGUGGGACCUAGCAAUGACAUCAAAGGGGCGGGGUUUAGUGGAAAUUUCCAUUAAUCUGUUCCAAGUCCUAGGUCGUUUUGUCGAAAGAUUUAUCUCUGGUGAUCCAUGUGGAAAAGUCCCUUUCAGGAGAUCUUAAAUAAUCUUGAUAAUAAAAACAUAAAUUAAUUUGGGGGAGAUGGGUUAGUUCCCGGGAAAUUGUUUACAUUCUUGCAGGGGUGCGAGAUGUCAUCUCUAUUUCUGAGAGACUUGCACAUCUUUACCAUCUUCCAGUCCAGGAGUCCCAAGUCUCCCGGAACUUGCCAGAGUCUCCCAGAAAUUGGGCUGGCCUCCCGCACUCCCACAAGCAACCAAGAAUCUGCCAGAAAUUAACCUAUUUCCACAAAUUCAAAAUUGUGUAUAUUUUCACUGCUUUAUUAUCAAUUUUAUCACAGAAGUCAGUGCCAAUGGGUAUCAGGGUAUCACUAUGUGCGGCAAUAUUAGAUUAAAUGUGUU